AUGACCCUAAAUUCUCAUGCACUCGAAAUCAAGGCUGUGCCCUGGCGAGGACGCGUGACCCUCGAGGCUCGAGCAGGCGCCCUCUGCUCCAUCCAGGCCUUUCUGGAGUACUGCGCUCCCGCAAUGAGCUCGGAGAAUGUUACUCGCCGUCUUCUGCCAAUCUUGGAGUGCGCUCUGAACCUCCUCAGCCAAUUGCCUGACAUUGUGCGAAGUUUCGGCAGUCACCUGGCGCCGGCCGCCGCCCUUGUGCGUCUGCGCCUUUACCGCUGCCUAGCCCUUCUGCCACCGACAUCCUUUGCAGGUGAGUUUUGGGCGGUAUGUUGA